GGCGUCGCUAAUGACGUUACCGUUUCCGGGUCGGUGAGGCCGCCCGCGGGGGCGCAGGUAUCUACAGCUGCCGGUGUCCAGUCUAUGGAGUCAGUUGGUGCCGGAGGCGGCGCGGAGGCAGGAGGCGUUGUCCGACUAGGGGCUUCUGCCCCGCCAGGAUGUUACCGGGCUUGGCCGCCGCCGCUGCGACCCACAGAUGUAGCUGGUCCUCACUGUGCCGGCUCCGUCUGCGCUGCAGGGCGGCGGCCCACGGCUCCAGCGACCGCCAGGGAUGGCAGAAUUUAGUGACAUUUGGAAGCUUUUCAAACAUGGUUUCAUAUAGUCCUUCAUAUGUUUGUAUACUCAGUCAAGUAAAGUUGUAUUCCACGAAUAUUCAGAAAGAAGGACAAGGAUCACAGUCUCUCAGAGUGGAAAAAGUACCAUCUCUUGAUGAAACAGCAGAAAAUAUAGGUGCAGAACUCAAAGCUCCACUUAAGCAAGACCCUCUCCAAGUAAGAGUUAAAGCAGUUCUUAAGAAAAGGGAGUAUGGAUCAAAGUACACUCAGAAUAAUUUCAUUACUGGAGUCAGAGCAAUGAAUGAGUUCUGCCUGAAAUCCAGUGAUCUUGACCAACUUCGAAAAAUUAGACAACGAAGUCCCCAUGAAGAUACUGAGUCCUUUACUGUAUACUUGAGAUCAGAUGUGGAAGCAAAAUCGUUGGAAGUCUGGGGAAGCCCUGAAGCUCUUGCCAGAGAAAAGAAACUGCGUAAGGAAGCAGAGAUAGAAUACAGAGAACGGCUAUUUAGAAAUCAAAAAAUAUUAAGGGAAUAUAGAGAUUUCUUGGGAAACACCAAGCCACGCUCCAGAACAGCAUCAGUGUUCUUUAAAGGGCCAGGAAAAGUGGUGAUGGUUGCCAUUUGCAUCAAUGGGUUAAACUGUUUCUUUAAAUUUCUUGCCUGGAUUUAUACGGGUUCAGCCAGUAUGUUCUCAGAAGCUAUACACUCAUUAUCUGAUACUUGUAAUCAGGGUUUACUAGCAUUGGGCAUCAGUAAGUCUGUUCAAACACCAGAUCCUUCUCAUCCUUAUGGAUUUUCAAAUAUGCGCUAUAUUUCUUCGCUAAUUAGUGGUGUUGGUAUUUUCAUGAUGGGUGCAGGACUAUCGUGGUACCAUGGAGUCAUGGGAUUGCUUCAUCCUCAACCAAUGGAAUCCCUUCUAUGGGCAUAUUGUAUUUUAGCAGGAUCAUUGGUAUCUGAAGGAGCCACACUUCUUGUUGCUAUAAAUGAACUUCGUAGGAGUGCUCGGGCCAAAGGAAUGUCGUUUUACAAAUAUGUAAUGGAAAGUCGUGAUCCUAGUACAAAUGUUAUAUUAUUGGAAGAUACUGCAGCAGUCUUGGGAGUGAUAAUAGCAGCUUCUUGUAUGGGCCUUACUUCUAUAACAGGCAAUCCACUGUAUGACAGCCUAGGUUCUCUGGGUGUGGGCACCUUAUUAGGUGUGGUAUCAGCAUUCCUCAUCUACACUAACACAGAAGCGCUCUUAGGGCGAUCCAUCCAGCCAGAGCAAGUCCAGCGGCUUACUGAACUCCUGGAGAAUGACCCGUCAGUAAGGGCAAUUCAUGAUGUUAAAGCCACAGAUCUGGGAUUAGGUAAAGUAAGAUUUAAGGCAGAAGUAGAUUUUGAUGGACGAGUUGUUACGAGAUCGUAUUUGGAGAAACAAGAUUUUGACCAAAUGCUACAAGAAAUUCAGGAAGUGAAAACUCCUGAAGAACUGGAGACGUUUAUGCUUAAACAUGGAGAAAAUAUUAUUGAUACUUUAGGAGCUGAAGUAGAUAGACUUGAGAAAGAACUGAAAAAACGAAAUCCUGAAGUUCGACAUGUAGAUUUGGAGAUACUGUAAAUUUGAUGGAAUGGAUCACCUUGGUGAAGGCCGUGGAAACAAGUUUAUUAAGCCUCUCUACAAAGCCCAUUUCCUCCUCUCCCACAUUGAAGGAGUUGGUGCUGUUCAGAAGCCUUUUUUUUUUUGUAAGAUGGAGGAAAUAUUUUAUGUAUAGAUCAGUUCAACAGGCCACAGAAUGAAAUCUACUUCUUACAUCUAAGAGACUCACUACAAGUUGAAUCAAUUUGAAAAUCAUGUUUUUAUGCUUCCAUAGGGAACAUUUUGGUUACUUAGUUUAUAGUUUCUCAUUAUAGCUUGUCACUGUAUAUUGUACCUUGUAAUCAUGUUUCCUUUCUUCGCAUUGGUAAGAGAGUGGCACCCAGGGGAUGAUAAUUUUUAAUUUUGAUGCCACUGAAGACUUCACUCCAUGAAUCUCAAAUAUUCUGGAUUAAUUUUGGUAUGUGGUUUUUAAACAGUCACUCCACUUCAAAGUUUGUCUUUCCUUGUGGAAUGUGGAAAUUAUUUCAAAUCUUGUAAUUUUGACCUAAGUGCUAAGAGGAACACUCUCCUAACCAAGUUAUCCAUAAAUGUUAAUUCUAAAAAUGGCUUAGUUUACUGAAUUGAAUGAAGACAUUUCUGUACAUUAUUUUAGAUCAUAGGAGUUGCCAUUUUUGUAAGAUUUCUUUUUCUUCUUUCCUUUUUUCCCCUUAUUUGGUUUAAUUUUUUUAACAUUAGGAAAUAUAAAGUAAUCCUGAAUAUUUCCAGGGCCAGUGUGCUUUUUUUUUGUUUUUUUUUUUUAAACUGGCUCCAGUGCCAUGUUUAUUUACUGGGAGAUAAUAAUAUGACCACUUUAACAUUCUGUAAAAUGGACUGAAAAUAUUUAUUAUACAGACAGAGUAGCAUUUUUAAUUUAUUUUUUAAAAGGCACUACUUAUAUAAAUCUGAACUGCAGGAUAUUUCUUGCUUUAAGAGAGAGACCAGUAAAUCUCUUAUACUGAAACUUGUGGUCAUGAUUUGUAUAUUAUAGUCAAUAGUGUAUCUAUGAGUUUGUUGCAGUUAAAACUGGGCAUUUAGUGUAAUAUAUUGGCUAAGUAAAUAGCUUUCUAAUGACCAUAAGUUAUCACGGUGAAAAAACACGCAAGUCUCAGUCAUAAAAUAUAAUGAUAAAAGUAUACCUGUCUCCAUCAGAACAGCUUCUCUGCUCAGGUAGCAGUGAGCGUUGGUCGUCUGAGAAGAUAGCUGGGUGAUGUCUGCCUGAUGAGUGAGUGCUUAACAUGCAGACCUAGCAGCCCCUUCGAGGUCAGUGUCAGAAAACUUACUGAGAUGGAAGCUUAUGAAAUAUAGCAGAUUUCAGUGCUGGAAACAAAAAUAAAUCUUUGACUAAAGGGCUUGUAAUGGUGAUUUUUGAUCCAGAAAUGUUAUUUACUAGGAGAAUUUACAUUCGCAUAUUUUUUCUUUUAUUGUCACAGAGCAUUUUGCAUGUAUACAUUUUAAAUGAAAUAGCAUUCCAGUUUUAAUUUUUAAGAUAGAAAAAAUUGUUUAAUAUAUUUAUAAAUUUGAUUCUCUGUACCUAUAGUUCAAAACCCUUAGCCCCUACUCCCCUCCCCCUUCCGCCCCCAGAGACAGAGUCUCACUCUGUCACCAGGCUAGAGCGUAGUGGUAUGAUCAUAAUUCACUGCAGUCUCCAACUCCUGGAGUGAUCCUCCAAGUGAUCCUCCUGCCUCCCAAGGUGCUGGGAUUAUAGGUGUGAGCCACCACAUCCAGCUAUUCCCACUUCCAGACAAACGUGUUUUACUCACUGUGGUUCAUUGUGUGCUUUCUAUCUCCUUCCUCUCUUCCCCUUUCCCAUCUGCCAAUUGUUACUCCAUGGCAGUGCCAUUUGGGAAAGUACCAAGUUAUACCCUGUUUCCUCCUAGUAAAAUUCCUCAGAAAAAUUUCACAUAGCUAGACAAGAAGAAUUUAUUUUUAAAACCAUUCUCAAAGUUGAUGUACAGAGGUUAUUUCAAAUGGUAAUUUUUCUUUCAGAAUUUCCCUUAAAAAGCCACCUUCUGAUAUUUCUUGGAGUUUUCUAAUCUGAUUUUGGUUGAGGUCAUACCAUUCUUAAGUAAUUAUUGAAGGUUUAUGUCAUCUUUUCUUUCUAGUUCUAUUCUGCACUGAUAUUUUGAAGUUGGUUUAUGUAAAGUUUGACAUAAAGGAGUGGCUAAUGGUAUCUAAUUCUCAAGAGGUAGAUUCCUGAACAUACAUUAAACAACCUGUGAGAUGAAAUCAGACUGAAAAAUUUUCAAGAUGUUUCAAAAACACAGUUAAUCCUGCAUACAUCCCCUUUCCACACACUGCGCAAAUCACCCAGAAUAACAAUGUCACGAGACUUGAGUUUUUGGUGUAUGAUUGUCAGUGUUACCUUAAUUAUCUCAUAAUUUAGAUAAUGCCUUUUGCUAAAAUUACACAUCUAAAGAAUGGCUUAAGUUUUUUUUUGUUUGUUUUUUUAUAUAUUUUUUUAGAGACAGAGUCUCACUUUAUGGCCCUCGGUAGAGUGCCAUGGCAUCACACAGCUCACAGCAACCUCCAACUCCUGGGCCUAAGCGAUUCUCUUGCCUCAGCCUCCCGAGUAGCUGGGACUACUAGUGCCCACCACAACACCCGGCUAUUCUUUGGUUGUAGUUUGGCCGGGGCCAGGCUUGAACCCGCCACCCUCGGUAUAUGGGCUUACUGACUGAGCCACAGGCGCCGGCCCCAUAUACCGAGGGUGGCGGGUUCAAGCCCAGCCCUGGCCAAACUGCAACAAAAACAAAUAGCCGGGCGUUGUGGCGGGCGCCUGUAGUCCCAGCUACUCGGGAGGCUGAGGCAGGAGAAUUGCCUAAGCCCAGGAGUUGGAGGUUGCUGUGAGCUGUGUGACGCCACGGCACUCUACCGAGGGCCAUAAAGUGAAACUCUGUCUCUACAAAAAAAAAAAGAAAAUCUGAUAACAGUUUGAAGUAGAAUGCUGGGAGCUACAGAAAAUUGCACAGGCAUUUGGAAUUUGUAUUAUCUUCUUAGAUUGCAUUUGUCAAGCUUUGGCAGCAUUUCUUUUCAACGUGAUGACCCCCAAUUUGCCAAACUGUCAGAAGUCAGUGAAGCAAAGAAUUGAAGGUAAAAUGUUGAUUCAAAGAUUGUCUCCCCAAAAUCCUUCAUCCCUGUCUCUGAAAUGGAACUUUGGAAGGCAUUUAUAUAGAAGAUUGGUCCAACAGCCUUUAUAUUUGCAUUUAAGUUUACUUGCAUCCCUAGACUUGGUUUUAUGGAAAAAGAAAACUUUUAUUUCUAUUACAUUGUAUUUCACCUGUCUGGUUUUGCUGGCAAAUUAAGAUGAUCCUCGUCCCUCAGGAUGCUUUUUCCGUUAAUAAAUGUCAUAUGUAAAUAA